UAUAUUUUUUCCAAUUUCUUUGAAAAUUUCCAAAAACAGCUCGUAUUAGGCAAAAUUUUAGAAGUAAUACAUUUUGAACUGCCAUAAAUAUCUAAAUUUCCGAAUUCCAUUUUCAAUAUAACUUGUUUUUAAAAUCUUAUGUAUGGGCUUAGAGUAUAGUUAGUAGUUUAACGUUUCAUUUAUAUCGGGAGCCAAUAGCAACAAGACAUUUCAUCAACUACUCCAUCAACUACUUAAUGGUUGAUAAUUUGUAAGAACGUUGUGAACCACAAAGAAGUUUCUUCACCUUCAAAGCAUACAUCCAUUCGGAAUGUCAUCCAUACUUCAAGACUAUCGCGAUGCAAUUAAAAACAGUAACAUCGUCGUGGUAGAGAGUGGAAGGAAGUGUAAGCAAGUAGUUCGCAUCAUCAGAGCAAAGUGCAGGAAGCAGAAGUUCGUCGGAUUUGACGUCGAAUGGGUGACUGAGGAUGGCGAACGUAAGCCAAUAGCGCUCCUCCAACUCUCCACAGGCGAUGGCUACUGUGGGUUGCUUCGUUUAUGUAAAAUGGUUAGCAUACCCAAAUGUCUGAGUGCUCUACUUAGCGAUCCAGACAUUAUUAAGCUGGGUGUUGCUCCAUUCGAUGAUGCUGAAAAAAUGCUUUCUGAUUAUAAUUGCAAAACGAAGGGUACAGUUGAUCUUCGCCACCUUGCGGCGCUAACUGGUCAUAAUGUAUCUGGUUUAAAGGGUUUGUCAGAAUCUAUACUCAACGUUCAAAUGGAAAAAUCCAUUGAAGUAAGAUGCUCCAACUGGUCAGCAGAUAGUCUAACAGACAAACAAAUUGAUUAUGCUGCGGCUGAUGCCAUUUUAGCGGUGGAAAUAUACAAAGAACUCUUUACAGAUUUCGCUCGAGUUUAUGGAGAGCCUAUCACUUGUCAUCAGAUUUUAAUGUACAGAGAUAUAAAGUUCAAUCAAUAUGAAACAAGCUGUCCGAGCUACUGUCAUCAAGAACUACUUCUACUGCCAGUUCCCUAUUACAUGGUAAACAAUGUUGGAUGCUUUUUGGUAGCAGCACAGCUUGAAAGACCAUGCUGUAGUGGUCAUCAAAGAGCUUGAGCUUCUGUAACAAUCUUAAAGUCCCUAUGAACAACAUGUAAAUUCCUAUUAAGGUUUAUGAAGCCAAACUGUGGAGUGAUUUUGUGUUAUUAGAAAAUCAUCAAAAUUUAUAAUCUUAACACAGUUUGGGCUUUUAAAAUUACUGAAACUGAAGAAACGGUUGUUCCUGGUAGUUUUUGGAUAUUGUGGUAUCCUUACACAUAGGAAGCAUUCUUUCCUGAACUUACAGAGUCGAAAUCUGAGGUGUGGGAAGAAUAUGUAACACAAUAUCCUGUAAUUAAGUUUUUGGAUAUGAAUAUUGCAAGUUGAAGAAGGUUCUAACAUCUGAAGACAUACUUGUUUCCGAAGAACGUUUUUGGUAUUCAUAAUUUGCCAAUUUUUCGUGAAAUUGUAGCUUGCUGUUGCGACUUUACUAAAAGUUUCGAAUUAAUUGAUAAUGUGAAAUGUGUGUUAACAAAAUGGAAAUACUCUGGAUUGCAUUAGAAUCCUGUUAAGGAAUGUAUAUAGAGAAUAUUUAUCCCAAUAACAUCGAAGGGACUACGAACUAAAUACUUUUGUAAGCCUUGCUCUCAACAAAACUUGAACAAUGUUUGCGAAAAUGGAGUUCCAUACAAAUUAAGCUUGUGUAAUAUAUAUAAUACAUAAUGCAUGUGAAAUGGAUCUGGGAAAUAACUAUAACUAAUGGUACUGGAAAUAGUAAUAGUGAUUAUAUUAGUGGUUUUACUCAAAAGUUUCGUAUACCUAAAACUUUGUGGUGAUCAUAUGAGAGUUUAUUUUGUACACAAGAAAAUUGGUUUAUAUAUAGCAUAAUUAUGUUAUAUCAUAAUUAAUUAUA